CAUUCAUUUCUUCCUUAAGCCGCCACCACCACCCGCUCCGAAUCCACAACCACCUUCCCUCACUUUACCUUCUCACCAUUCAUUCUCUGCAACUCUUCCUCGUACGUGUCUCUCUUCCUUCACCUUCUUCUGAUUCAAAACCAAUCUCAGCUCCUCCUUCACCUCUUCCUAAUAUCUCUUUGUUUUUCUUGUAAAGUUUGAAUCUUUCACGUGAUUUGACUAAUGGUAGUGGAGUGUAGAAGCUAGUUCCUGUGAAAAUGAGCUCCUCCUUGAGUUUUUUGGCUUCUGAGUUCCCCUGUUCAACUAGUGAAGCCACACAAUACACAAAUGUGAGCUUUCUUUUGUCUAGACCCUUAGUAAGGGUUUCUUGUCUCAUUGAGAAAGAUGAUAUGAAGGCGUCGAAUCGGUAUCGUGGUGGAAGAAAUGUGAGGGUUUGUUGCCAGUUGGUGCCUAGCCACUUACAAGAGUCAUACAAAAGAAAGAAAAGGCCACAAGUGCCUAAACAGAAGUUGGAUUUUGUGAGGACUUUGUUGAUUGACAACUAUGAUAGCUACACAUACAAUAUAUACCAGGCGCUUUCGGUUAUUAAUGGCAUACCUCCUGUGGUGAUCCGGAAUGAUGAAUGGACAUGGGAAGAACUUUGCCACUACUUGUAUGAGGAAUAUGCAUUUGAUAACAUUGUAAUAUCACCUGGACCUGGUACUCCAUCGUGCCCAGAGGAUAUAGGAAUUUGUCUUCAGCUAUUUUCCAAAUGCUGGGAUAUUCCUGUUCUGGGUGUUUGCUUAGGACACCAGGCAUUAGGUUAUGUGCAUGGAGCUCAAGUUGUUCACGCACCUGAGCCAAUCCAUGGACGUUUGAGUGAAGUUGAGCACAAUGGCUGCCAGCUUUUUCAUGACAUACCUUCCGGUAGAGAUUCUGGUUUCAAGGUAGUUCGAUAUCAUUCACUGGUCAUAGAUUCUGAAUCACUUCCUGAAGAGCUCAUUCCAAUAGCAUGGACUUCUUCCACUACCAGACUUCCAUUUAUCGGAGCCAAGGAUUCUGACAAGUCCAAUGCUCAUGAAAUAAUGACAGACAAAAGCGUCUUUGUUGAUCCUUUUUUACCUAAAGUAGGAAACAGAAGUUCACACCUUUCUGACAAUGGAAAAACUAGAAAUGCAAGAGUGCUAAUGGGAAUCAAGCAUUCUACAAUGCCACACUAUGGUGUGCAGUUUCAUCCAGAGAGUGUUGCAACCUGCUAUGGAAGUCAAAUAUUCAAGAAUUUUAAAGAGAUUACUGAUGAUUAUUGGCUGAGAUUUUGGUCAUCGUGCAAAAAGGAUAAAUCUGCUCAUUUCGAUGCGUGCAUGCAGGUUUCAAGUGCUAGCAGACUCUGCAGAGAAUUUCACAGAAGCUUUAGUUCAGAGAAGAAAACAAUGGAUCAGCUAGAAGUAGUUCAUGAAGAUAGGAAUUUGGUACACACUAAUGCUGAGAUGAAGGGUUUAGAAAUGCUCAACAUCCUAAAUGUUCAACAUGUAGGCACCGGUUAUAAAUGUUUGAAGUUGAAAUGGAGGAAACUUGAUCACCUGGCUGGUCAAGUUGGUGGUGCGAAAAGUAUAUUCUGUUGGUUGUAUGGACAUGAAGCUGAAAACACCUUCUGGUUGGAUAGUUCUUCCACAGAGAAGGGAAGAGCACGCUUUUCAUUCAUGGGAGGAAAAGGUGGAUCACUUUGGAAGCAGAUAACGUUUCGAUUAUCUGAUCAAAGUGAAGGUUGUUCAAAAGGUGGUGGCUAUUUGUCAUUGGAAGAUUCUCAAGGUUCUGCGAAAACAAUUUUUUUGGAAGACGGUUUUCUUGAUUUUUUGAAUAAGGAGCUUCAAUCACAUCUUUAUGAUAAAAAUGAGUAUGAAGGUCUGCCAUUUGACUUUCAUGGUGGUUAUGUUGGUUACAUCGGGUAUGACCUCAAAGUUGAAUGUGGCGUCACAUCUAACCGUCACAAAUCUAAAACUCCAGAUGCAUGUUUUUUCUUUGCUGACAAUCUUGUAGUCAUAGACCACAAAAACGAUGAUGUUUAUUUAUUGGCUAUAUGUGAAGAAAGUUCAAGUAUUACACAGUGGUUGGAUGAUACUGAGGAGAGACUUCUGAGCUUAAAUGACUCUCUGAGAAUGGGUUUAGAAAGACAGUAUUCUCACCCUUCAACUUUUUCCUCACGUGAGGCUGGUUUUGCAGCUGAAAAAUCUAGAGAGCAGUACAUUGAAGAUGUGAAAAAGUGUUUAAACUAUAUUAAAGAUGGAGAAAGCUAUGAGUUGUGCCUCACAACUCAGAUAAGGAAACCAAUUGAGGAAUUAAAUUCUUUUGGACUUUAUCUGCAUUUAAGAGAAAGGAAUCCAGCGCCUUAUGCUGCUUGGCUUAGUUUUCCAAAGGAAGAUCUUUAUAUUUGCUGUUCGUCUCCUGAGAGGUUCCUGCAGUUGGAUAGGAAUGAUAUACUAGAAGCUAAGCCCAUCAAGGGUACUAUAGCUCGUGGUGCUACCGAAGAGGAAGAUGAGCAACUCAAAUCGAAACUACAGCUCAGUGAAAAGGAACAGGCUGAAAACUUGAUGAUUGUUGACCUUCUGAGGAAUGACCUUGGUCGCGUAUGUGAUCCAGGAUCGGUUCAUGUGCCACAUCUCAUGGAUGUGGAAUCGUAUGCAACUGUUCACACAAUGGUCAGUACAAUUCGUGGGAAGAAGCGGUUAGAUGUUAGUGUUGUAGACUGUGUCAAAGCUGCAUUUCCCGGUGGUUCAAUGACAGGUGCACCGAAGUUGAGAUCCAUGGAACUUCUUGAUUCUCUUGAAAGUUGUUCACGAGGUAUCUACUCAGGCUGCAUUGGAUUUUUCUCAUAUAAUCAAACAUUUGAUCUAAAUAUAGUCAUAAGAACAGUUGUUAUACAUGAGGGUGAAGCUUCCAUAGGAGCUGGAGGGGCAAUUAUUGCGCUGUCAAACCCCGAAAACGAAUAUGAAGAGAUGAUCUUAAAAACAAAAGCCCCUAGGAAGGCUGUGACAGAUUUAAUAGAGUUCAAUAAGUCCAACAGCAGCUAGCUCAGACAACAAUGAUCAAAGUGUUUUCAUCCUACUAAUCAUUUUGUAUUUUCACAUAAAGAAUACAAAAGAAUAUUGAAAUAUAGCAAAGGUUCAAUUGUUUUGAAGUUAGAAGGUUUUCUUUUUCAAACAGCAGGAUUCCAAUCCUUUUCAAUUUUAAUAGAAGCAAGCGUGCUUACACGCUUGAUUUGAUAUAGUAGACUAUAAUAAUAUUUAUGCAUAGAUGAACUAUAUACUUUAGGCUUUCUGAGUGUUAAGUUCAGGUUUUUCUGUACUAUAGUUUGUAUUGAAUACAUUCCUAGUGUUUUAAUUGUAUUCAUUCAUUUAAUGGAAAUGUUCACCUUAUAUAUA